CAUGGUUGGGCGGAAGCAGAUUGUUCAUCCACCGCGAUGCUGCUCUCUUGGAGUAAAAAGAUCUUUGAAAACCCGCUGAAAAAACCUCCAAUUUUACCCCCUAAUAACCCCAAAACCACCACAAAACUUACCGAAUAAUUCUAAUACCAUGGAAAGUGGAAAUCGAGAUCUUAUGGAUAUCUUACUACGGGGAGAAGCCAACGAAAGUAACGCACAAUCCGCCAUUGAGGGUUUUGGACAACAGUUCUCUGCUCCAGUUUCGAUGUCUGGAAACGUACAACAACACUCUCUUACUUCCCCGAUGGGACAGCAAGGGACUCGCUUUCACGCAAUGAGUCCAAGUCAAAUGGUUCCUCAGAGCUCGGUUGUAUCUAUGAUGCAACCAGACUUAAUGAGCUCCCAGUAUUCCCAACCUUCGACGUCAUACAGCGAUAGUAAUUAUCAGACCUUUCAGGAUUAUUCAAGUCAACAGCGAAUGGCCCAUUCGCAGGCCACGUCACCCAUGGGUAUGUUUCAGAAUUAUGGACAAAAUGGCAGCUUUAUGGGGAGUAUGGGCCAAUAUGGUGGACAAAAUAGAGUCAUGGGACACCAAGGAGGCAUGUCGAAUCAAUAUCCUACUUCCACUAGCGCUGUUAAUUAUGGAAAUGCGAAUUAUUAUUCUGAGGUUUAUCCCUCGGUACCACCAAAAUCCCCUGUGUCACACCAGCAAAUGCCAGGAAGUGGUUAUACGAUGCCAGUCGGUGGCAAUGGAGGAUCGUACCCAGGGAGUGGGUAUGCAGGACAGUCGUCAAUGUCUCCCAUGCAGAAACAAAUGGGACAGUCGUUCUUUUCUCCCAGAUCACCUGCUGCUAGUCAAAUUCAUUCGUCACCUAAUGUCACUGGGAACUAUCCUGGACAACCACCCACAUCUCCCAUGGCACAACCUCUCGUUGGCCAUGCGCGGAGGUCCUCCACGUCACCUGUUUCACCAAUGAUGCCACAGGGUAUGCCAGUUUACAGCAUGCCCCAACGACAGCAGCAGUAUACACCAACUUCAAGCACUACCACACAGAGUCAGCUACAAAGAUCUUGUAUGUUUGCUCAGCGACUAGAGAAAAUGUCUGCCCAGCACCAAUACCAAGCACAGAUGGGGUCAACAACUACCCUUCCUGGACCUACGAGUACUAACAGUAGAAGACCAUCAUUUCCUGGACAACAGACUCCUCUUCCAGGAAAACCUCCUAUGAAAAGUCCAACUGGUUCAGUAUCACCAGCUCGCCACUCACCACCAUCACUUGGCAAGUCUCCACCGCCAUUCAAACCUCUAAGGUCGCCUCCCCCUUAUCAAGCAAAGAAAUCGCCACCAUCAUUUCAAACUCCUUUGAAACCAGUUCCUUAUUCUCCUCAGGGAAAGAGUGAUACACAUAAAGAACAGAUGACAUCUGGUGCUAAUGAAAUCACAACUAUGAAAAAAGCAAAGAAAAGUAAAGCCGAAAAAUCCAGUAUGCAGAAACUAGAAGAAGUGGCUGAAAAAGUUUCACCGCAUCUAGCGGAGGAGUUGUCUCACGCCGUAGGAGAUGCAAUAGAGAGAAAACAAAUGAAAAAGAAAAAUGAUACAAAAAGUGAUGAUAAUGAGCAAGAAAACUCUGCGGCUGAAGUAAAAACAUUAACCUCUACCCUAGAAGACUCUUCAAAGACCAAGAAAGAAGAGAGUAAAGAUCAAGCGCUGGAAGGGAAAAUUUCUGAAAGUUCUAACAAUGAAAAGGAAGGGAAAGACGAAGAAUGCAAAAACAAAGCUGAUGAAAGUAAAAUAGAAAUAAAAGAUUCUGAAGUGAGUAGGGUUGAAGAAGAGAAGAACGUUCUAACUGAUGAUAAAGAGAAGGUCAGCAAUACUGAAACAGUGCAGAACAAAGGGAAAUUGAAUCAAGAAAAUGGUGAAAGGCAGAAGAAGGACAAGGUAGUUGAAAAACAAACAGAAAACAAAAUUGAAAAAGUGGCAGAAAAUGCUGAAAAAGAAGUUGAAAACGAGAUUGAAAGAGCAGAAGUGGAAGAUAUAAAGGGAAAACAGAUUGAAAGUGUUAAUGGGAAAGAGGAUGAAACUAAGAAUGAAAAUCAAGACACAGAUGCAGACAAAACAAGUGAAAAAACAAUUCUGGACAAUGCAAAAACAGCAAAAGAAGAAAGCACAGAAAUGCAGGAGACCAGUAAAAUAGAAUCAAGUAAAGAAACAAAGAUUCAAGUUGAAAAAAUCGUAAUAGACUCCAAGCCAGUCAAGUCUUCUCCAUCAGAGAAGUCCCCACAGCAUGAAGGAGAACUGUCCAAAGACGUAAACAUGGCUACAAUUAGUAAAACGCAAGUGAAACAAUCAGUCAGUAUAUCGAGGAGUGGACAUACACCCACCAUUCAAGCGACUGUCAUUGCUAAGGGUCAGUCAGCACAUUCCAAUCAACAGGUCCUUGUUGCUAAGACAGCAGGGGGGCAGAUGUACUUGAUACAGGGGAAUGUAUUGAUUCCUGUGCAGAACAUCACAGUACAGCAGCCGAAAGGAGAGAAGGGGAAUAAAGUCAUCUGCGUCAAUCAAGGUCAAGGGAAGUCAUCACAUGUCAUGGUGGGAAACAUAACUCCUAAUCUCCAAAAAGAAACCACUCAUAAAGCACUCAAGAGUAAAGAAUAUGUUGGUGAAGACGAUGAUGAUGACUUGGAUAAUGAAAUUGAUGAGAAAAUGGAAAUUGAUUUGGCUUGUCGAGAGAAAACUUUACUUUCACCUACAGCAGAAAUGACUGAAAAUGAUAUCUUGCAAGAACCAAACACCUCAACCGUAUCUAUUCAGACUGAAAAGCAGAUAAUUAAAACCAAGGCUGGAUUCCAGAGGGUUAAGAAUACUACAGAAACUACUAAGUCAGGACUCUCUUCUAUUGACAAUGUUUCAAAUAUUGCUAUGAAAAAAGAAAAAGAACUGUUUGGGUUUGAAGAAAUGGGAGAAAGUUCUUCAGAGUUGAGAAAACGAAUUGGUCGGCCACCUGGAAGCAAGGACAAGAACAAGAGAAGGCCAUAUAUGUACAAAAAAAUACAACCAAUCGAACACCAAGUACCAAAACAAAAUCCUUCCUCUACCACAACUAAAAGUCCAAGCAAAGAAAAAUAUAUUUCGGAAACAAGAUCCCACAAAAGACCACAUUCAAUUAAUGUUCCAACUGUAAGCAAAGCAACUAAAAACAAUUCUAAAAGACCUAAAAUAACUCCCCCACCCAUCUCCCCCACAAAAACCCUUUUGGUACAGCCGAGAGGAGGGGUAGAUGGCGAUGCAUGGGUGUGUGCAUUUUGCGGCAAACCAUCAAACCAUAACUCUCUCGGCAUAUUAUAUGGACCUUAUAAGGCUAAACUUUCGCGUGAUAUAUCUGAUAAAGACUGUCGUUCACCGGACAAGGUCAUGUCACCCGGCAGUAGAUUACCAGAAUUACCGACAGAUUUAGAAGGAAGUUCUGUUGAGCUUUGGAUACAUAAAGACUGUGGGGUGUGGUCACAGGGGGUUUACAUGCUUGGUAGGACAUUAUAUGGCCUUGAACAAGCCGUGGAAAGUGCAGCAUCUCAUAACUGUUCUACAUGUACAGAGUUAGGAGCAACGCUACAGUGCUUUAAAAGAGGAUGUACUUCAAUAUUCCAUUUUGCUUGUGCACGCGAUUCAGGUUGUGCAUUUAUAGAAGAUAAUUUUACCAUAUUUUGUUCUGCGCAUAAGGUAAGCAAAGUCUUGUAGCCCUAAAGAGAUGAUUAUGGUUAACUCCCUGAUGAGGGGCAGUGGAGGAAAGUCAACAUUCUCAUCAUCAUCAAAUCACCAUCAUCAUCGCUAAUCACCACCACCACAAGUAUGGAAGUGGCCCAGCUCAAUGGCAACUGAAAAGUAUAUGAAGGUGCCCCUGGCAGCCACUAUACAGUCCACUUAUGACCCCGGGGCACAGCCUAACCAGUUUGAAUUAGUUAGGGUUGAUUUGAGAGGAUGGAGGAAAAUCCCUCAGAGUCAGAAAGAGAAGCAACCAACUCAGCUGACAUGGGGUGACUCAAACCCCGGACCUCAGAGGUGAUAGGCACACCACCACAUCAUCCUGAUUCCGUUGAAAUACAUUCAUUCAAACCCUCCCCCAACCUCUAAAGGGUGUGGUUGUUUGCCUCUAGUCUUCCCAUUAUCCUCUGAUUAUGGUACCACCACCUUACGUUAGACCUCUUUACCUUGUUUUCCCAUUUCAGACCAUGUGUAAAUAAUCUCUUGACAACAAGAUUCUUUGUUUAAGUUGUAUCCAUAUUCAUGUGUCUUCUUGUAUGCAACCGUUAAACAAAGAAGUAAUACUCAAGGGAAUGACAUGUGGUAUGAAAUGGAGGUCUAUUUCUCAAGAAUCUAACAGGCAUCUUUUUAUUGUUAUGUUUCAGUAAGAAAACACAGUAUUUCAGUGUCUUAUUUGUAAAGUUUAUACAAAGUUCUGGCUUCGCUUGCUUCUUGAUGUGUUUUGCAUGUAUGUAGUGAUUAACAGCUUCCUGGCUCGUAAUUCAUAUGUACAUACUGGUGACAUAGUGAGUAAAGCUCGUAUGAAUGGGAGA